UUGUCGUGCCUGGACAGCUGAACUGCAAGAAUAAAUAUCGAAGAAAUUAAUUGUUGCUAAUUUAUCAAGAAUACAUAUCCGCAAAGAAAAAAGAAACUAUUUUUUUUGCUUUCUGUGCUUGCUGCUUUUAAUGUUGGUUAAGAUUUUAAACAUGGGUUUCCUUCAAAAAGUUGUAUAUGUAAAUCGCAAAUGCAAGUCUUAGGAAAACAAUCUUACAUAUUUACACUGGCUCUGGCUCGAAGAAUGCAAGAACCAGCCACUAUGUCUCCCAUUCUUCUCUGCCACUUCUCGUUUUGGGUUCUUACAGCCACGCCACCGACAUAUUUCGAAUCAUAAAGAUUAUGAACCACUACGUCGGUAACUGUAAGGUCGUGUCAGAGCAGAAAUUGACGAUCGUCAUAAAGAAAAACUUGGAAUAUCUGAUUGUGGUCCGCUUUAAAACUCUAUCCAAAUGUCAGUUGGAGAUGUUGAAAUCUAAAAUUUGUUGUCGGUCACAUCAGACAUGAAUUUUGUACAUAAUGAUACUACAAGUGUUUCUUUUCUUCAUCAUCCCCAGGCCUUGAAUUCUGCCUUGUGAGUGUGUAUAUAUGAUAAUAUAAGGUUUCUCUUUUUCAUCAGUCCCUCCCAGCCAUGAGUUCUGUCAUGGAUUUCCUUUCCACUCCCAUAGCAAUAAGUUUGACAGUAAUUUUAGCUCUACUUGUGAUCAGAUCCCAUACCAGAAGAUUGGGUACUGAGAACAAAAAGAGAUACCAUCCUGUUGUGACAACCUUCUUAAACGUCCUGAUCAACUUCUCUAGGCUACACGAUUACAUGACUGAGUUAGCAUUCAAAAACAAAACUUAUCGGGUGCUUAACUUGUUCCAAAAUUAUGUUUUCACCACAGACCCUGCAAAUGUGGAAUACUUCCUCAAAACCAACUUUUCAAACUAUGGCAGGAAGCAAAUCAACAUGCCAAAGAUUUCAAAUCCUGACCUGCUGCAGGGGUUGUACCUCUACACCAUUAUGUCAGAUUGUCUGGGUGAUGGGAUCUUCGCCGUGGACGGCGCAAAAUGGGUACAUCAAAGGAAGGUAGCAAGCAAUGAAUUAUUAACCAAAUCCGUGAGAGACUUCAGCGGUGCAGUUUUCAAAACCAAUGGUCUGAAACUUGCUCGGAUAAUUUCUGAAGCUGCAACCUCCGGCCAAGUGAUAGAGAUCCAAGAUUUGUUUAUGAAAGCAGCCUUAGAUUCAAUCGUCAAGGUUCUCCUUGGUAUCGAAGUAGACACCAUGCAUGGGACAAAUAAAGAAGCUAUCCGGUUUUCCAAUGCUUUUGAUGUAGCAAAUGAGAUGACCUUGUAUCGUUGCGUUGAUUUCUCCUGGAAGAUUAAAAAGUUGUUAAACAUUGGAUCAGAAGCCAUGCUAAGGAAGAGUAUAAAAGUGGCAGAUGAGUUUGUUUAUAACUUAAUCAAAAGCAAGACUGAAACAGUUGCAAAUUCAGGAGAUGAUCUACAUUUGAAGAGAAGAGACAUUCUUUCGAGGCUUUUGGAAUCAGGACAGACUGAUCCAAAGUACCUCAGAGACAUUAUUUUCAGUCUGUUUGUUGCCGGAAAAGACACAGCGGCUAGCACUCUUACAUGGUUUAUUUAUAUGGUCUGCAAGCAUCCUGAUAUCCAAGAAAAGAUUGCACAGGAAGUUAGAGAGGCAACAAAUCUGAAAGAUAAUUCAAGCAUUGAUGAGCUUGCAGACAACCUUACUGAAGAAACCCUUAGCAAAAUGCAAUAUCUGGUUGCAGCUUUGACUGAGACAAGCAGGCUCUACCCUGCAGUUCCAUUGAAUGCGAAGGUUUGUUCAUCUGAUGAUACUUGGCCAGAUGGAUUUAGUGUCAAAAAAGGGGAUAUUGUGGGAUACCACGCUUAUAGCAUGGGCAGGAUGAAAUUUAUAUGGGGUGAUUAUGCAGAAGAAUUUCGGCCAGAGAGAUGGCUCGACGAAAAUGGCCUUGUCCAGCAAGAAAGCUCUUUCAAACUCAUCGCCUUCAGUGCGGGUCCAAGGAUUUGUGUGGGGAAGGAGUUUGCUUAUAGACAGAUGAUGAUCUUCUCUGCUGUGCUUCUAGGCAGCUACAUAUUGAAGCUUAGGGAUGAGAACAAAGUGGCCAACUACAGGACCAAGUUUACCCACCAUAUUGAUGGGGGCCUUUAUGUGCAAGCCUCUCCAAGAUUUGCGAAUGCAAGCCCUUAAUUAACUUCCACUAUUGCUCUUAAUGAUCGCACUAAAAGAAGCAGCGUUCUAUUGUAAUCAUUAUUGUUUUCCAUUGGACCAUUGCUUCACAACCUUAUCACUAUGAAUAAUUGGUCUUCAAUAAAAAUAAUUAUCUUCUCUUA